AUGGAUGGCGAUCUGAAUACCGCGGCGGACUCGCUCCAGUUGCCGGGCGAGCUGCAUGAACAGGAGCAGCAACACCACGAUCCAGAAAGCUUAGCUACGGACUCUAAAAUUGAUGAAUGUCCGAAGUCACCUCUGGUACAGCUUCCCGCUGAACUGGUUCACCAAAUUCUGUCGUACCUGUCGGCGACGGAUCUGGCCCAAGUGUCAGCAGCUUGCCGUUCCCUCGCCGAACAUGCAGCCAACGAGCUCCUGUGGGCCGAUCUGGUCAAUGCCUAUCUGCCAUUCAAGAUUCACGACCCGAGCCCUUUUGAGUCGUUUCGCAACCUCUACGCGGCUUACCACCCGUGCUGGUUCAUCCCAAAGCAUAAAAUCUGGUUUUCGGAUACGGAGCACACAGGCAACCUAAUUCUGGCGCGAUAUGAUCCAAGGAGAGGAGUCAUUGAGGCAUAUCGGGUUAUUGCAGAGAGACGUAGUCGUCCAUUUCAAGUGUGGGAAUCCAAUCCGAAUGUCAUGGUCCAACCUUUUGAUCCCAAGGUUAGCCUCUGGUUGGAUGACCCGGUUCUCCUCUUGAAGAACAACCAUGGCCGUCUGCCGCGCUAUUUGCACGGUGAGACUCGCAUGCCAAUGGCGAUAGAAACACAGCAUGUCUUCAAUGCUUUCUCGUUGUGUUCUUCAGAAUCACCCCCGAACCUGCCAGUAGACCCUGACAAGCAGUGGCCCCCGCCGACCAUUCCUAGUGAACAUCGGGUCUACCGGGAUAUGGAAGCACAGUGGUCGGAUUGGGACCAGCAUCCGCGACGUCUAGCAAAUAUGUCAGAACACGCAUUUCGGAUUCGACGCUGGGCACAUUUCCGGCUCGGGAUGCCUAUGUUUACCGCCGGCCGGAGCGAAACACUGUCGACUUAUGCUACACUGGACCCCCGCUUAUAUACUCCGACGAGGGAAAAGCCGUAUCAAGGCAUCUGGGUCGGUGACUACUCUGCUCAUGGGUGCGAGUUUUUGCUUUUCCUACAACGGGACGGAGAUGGGACGUCCAGCUCCUCUGACGAACCAGAACCCGGUCCCGACGAAAUCGUUCAGAAGGGCAGUCUCGAGGCGAUCAAGCUCACAGGGGACCCGAAUGUUCCUCGGGGUCAGAUAUCUUUUAUUGCUCGUGACAUUGGCCCGGGAGGUGUGGUUCGUGUCGCAGAAGAGGCUUUGUUCCGAGGGUGCCGGAUUGUCCGUAGCAAAGGCCAUGUGGCAGGUCUCGGGUUCAGAGAUGACACCUUUAUUCCAGCGCAGCUGAUAUUGAUAUCACCUGAUUGCGUCGCUCUUUAUUGGGAGGCUAUGGGCCAUAUGUCAUACUUUAAAAGGCUUGACAUUGAUGCACUUAUUCAGACGUGA